AUGUCUAGCCACCCACGAUACUACUUCUCACUACCUACCGAGGCGCCACAACGAUCCCGCUCAGCAAGUCGGCGGCCACCUCUAACACCGUCAACUGUUUCUUCACCAUGCCUCACGACACUCGUGCCUGUAACUUCUCGACGGGAUUCUGGCACAUCAACAUCGGGCAGCCCGACCAAGGCCUCUAUCCUCUUGGCUAAGGUUGCCUCAUCGCCUACUACACCUCGAGGCGAGACGCCACCUGGAAGCCCAAUGCUCACUCCACGGUCGAGGCUACAGUCAGAACCGGCCUAUUCUUCUGAGAGGCCAUCGAUGUCCAGGACUGAAAGUGACCGCUACGUCAGGCAAUACAGGCAGCAGGAUGGCUACAUCAGCUUUCCUGACUUUGAGAAGUUUUGCCAAAACCAGAAUCCAUAUGGCGAGCAACAUCAGCAAUCUGAUGUCAGGACAUGA